UUCAUCAUUUCUCUCUCUCUUCUUCGACUGACCGAUACAAUUUUUCUCUUCCCAAACUAUAUACAAAAUUAAUUGAUCUUCUAUAAUUUUUUGGAUUUUCAAGACAUGCAUGAGGUUUGAGGAUUGAAUCGGAGGAAACUAAAGAUAAGACGCUGAUUUGAGAGAACCUUCAGAAUCAGGCUCUUCCAUGGUUUCGACGGAAAAAAUUCUGAGAUAUAACAACGAAAUCAGUUAAGAUUGAUUGUCAUGGAUGUUUCUCACACAUGCAUGAGCUUUGCUAUAUCAAUCUCCGUAAGGUUCAAGAUCAGACGCUGGAAAAAUCAAGAUCGAGGCAUAGAAAAUGAAAUCUUCACAAUACCAAAAGCAAAUUCAAUCUCCGACUUUGAAACUAAAGUUAACUUCUUAAGAAAAAAAUAGGUUUUUUAAAUUUUAGACUCAUUAUAUGAAAUAAUAAGAUUUUUUUUUAUGUUGCAGUUUAUGAACUGAAGAGAAGCAAAGACGAUCACUAUACUACCAUGGUCCUAUUAGAGUUUUUGUAUUGUAAAUCUAAUAGUAGAUAACCCUCGGUUUAAUUAUAGUUACAUUUUGGAUUAAGAGUUUGGUUUAGGUUUAAUAUAGGAUGUUGGUUUAAUUUAAGUUGUCCGGUUGUAUUUACUUUGUAGCGUCUAAUAAUAUACAAUCUAUCAACUUGAAAGGGUCCAUCGUAGUAACAAAUUGAAACAAUCCAAAUUUAAAUGACAACUUUUUAAGUAGAUAAAAUUUAAGACUCUAUUUUAAUAGAGUAGAUGUUUACCCUUGCCUAUCUGCGUUCUCUUCUAUUUGACAGUUGUUCGAAUAUUUAACUUGUACUGCUGUCUCUGGUCCAUUUCCGGUUAUCGAAGAACAUCAGAACUAAAAUCACAGUGAUACUGAAACCGGUUUACAUAAAACCAUGGAUGGAUGAUGUAUUGAAAAGUAUUUUCCGGUUUAAUGUUGCUUAAUUCAGGAGAUAACCGCGAAGAGAACAGAGAAACGGUUAAGAUGCCAAUUGAGGCAAGAGGGGUAAAACGAGAAGAGAGGGAGGGUCAAUAUCGUAAUUAAGAAGAAAGCAAUGGGUGAUUUGAAGAGAACCAUGUCUAUAUCACGUGAAGGGGUUUUGAGAGAGACAAUUAAUCAGUUUCGUGUAUUUCGAAGAACAGAUCGAGACGAAGAUCUCCAAAGAGAUUUAUCAUCUCAAAAUCGUUCGAGUUGAGAAGGUUUAUUUCAGGUAAAAUAACCAAGAAUGGGUUACUGGAAUUCCAAGGUUGUUCCAAGGUUCAAGAAGAUAUUCGAGAAGAGUAGUGUUAAGAAAGCUGCCGCUGCUGAAGCUUGCAAGACCUUUGAUGAGUCUAAGGAAGCAAUCAACAAGGAAAUUGAGGAGAAAAAGACAGAACUCCAACCGAAGGUCGUGGAAACCUAUGAGGCUACGUCUGCCGAAGUCAAGGCUUUGGUGAGAGACCCUAAGGAGGCUGGUUUGAAGAAAAACGCAGCAGCCGUGCAGAAGUAUCUCGAGGCGCUUGCCGCUAUCGAAUUUCCCGGAUCAACGGCUGUGAAAGACGCUGCGUCUAGCUUCGGAGCUGGCUAUGUCUCCGGACCAGUCACGUUCAUAUUCGAGAAGGUAUGUGUGUUCCUUCCCGAGGAGGUUAAGACACGGGAAGUACCUGUGAAGGAAGUGAAAGCCGAAGAACCGGCCAAAACCGAGGAGCCAGCCAAAACCGAAGAAUCGGCUAAAACCGAAGAACCAAAUGGUGAAAAAGAGGAGAUUGUUGAAGAGACCGUUACAACCGCCGUCGUUGAGGAGCACAAACCAGAGGUUGCCAAGGAGGAGGAGAAAAAACCUGAAGAAGUGAAAAAAGAAGAAGCUGCACCACCCCCGGCUCCAGAGGUGGUUGAAAGUCCGGUUAAGGCACCAGAGACGAAGACGCCGGCGCCAGUGGCUGAGCCAUCAAAGCCUUGAUUUGAUUCAAGACGGUAUGGUUGCUUCUCUUCUACGAAAACAUCUGAACGUAAACGAUGAAAGGAACAAAAAAUCCUUUUUUUCAUUCUUUUUAUUUUAUUUUGUUUGUCUUUGUGUGGGUAAAUCUCUCUGUUCUUUUUUUUUAGAAGUCUUUAAUGUGGUUUUAUUUACAUUCAUGUGAAUACAAAAUGUUUGUUAAUGUUUUUUCCUAUACAGUUAUUCAACCAAUUAUUUUAUCAGAUACAUAUAUAUAGUUCUGAUUUAUUAUCCUUCAAUCAAUUUAGUCCAUUGACUGAUUCGCAUUUAUUUGUAUAAUUUUCUGAUCUGUUAUUCUCAGAUACGAUUUUGUAAUCUACAAGACUACUAUUUGUGAAAUUUUUGAUUAAACAGUUUUGUUAGUA